UACUUUGCAUCCACUUUGGAACAAACAGUAUUGAGUCAUUCAAAACGAAUUCCUUGCUUUGUUAUGGGUAAAAAUCUGUAUCAGAAAGAUGGUGGUGGUGGUGAUAAUGGUGGUGGUGAAGAUGAUGAUUGCAUUUUACUAUUAACCCUGUACCACUGUCCAUAUCAUUCAUUUUUUCAUUCAUUCAGGAGCAAGGCCACAUCCAUAGUUAGUUGAACAAUGGCACUCUAGAAAACAACACAUCCCAAUUACUUUAUGACUCAUCUGAUAUUAACCCCAUUGUGGGACCAUUGUGGACUGAGGGAUGCUCCCCAUUCAUAUUCAGGUGUUGCCUUGACUUCUUUACAUUAGCGCUUGCGCAGACCAUCAUGAUUCAUGUCAGAGCGCGAUGAUGGCCUCAGGUCUAUGAUAUAUAAGUCUUGUUUCGAUGCUGUUUUGAAAACGCACUGUUGCAGGUUCAUUGGAAGGCACAAUUAUUGUAGAAGAGAUAUCCUUUUCAUAACAACUUCACAGAAACAUCUUCUGUCACAGUUAAACUCAGGUAUUUGACAACCACUUCAUUUUUUUGUUUAAUUUAAGGAAAUAGUUGUGGUGUUGUGUGCAGAUCAUUUAAUUAUUGAUGGAAAUGUAGCCUAUUUACCAUAAAAUGCAGUACUUAAUACUUGUAUACAGUAUUAAAUAAUAUUAUUCGAUGAGGUGGACAUAGUUAACAUAAAAGGGAAUUGAAAAGUAAUUAAAUAACAUAUUAUAGUUAAAUAAGCAAUUACAACAUAAGCAACUGCUUUUAUUGUUUUUCAAUGCAAAUAAAAYACAUGUAAAAUACAAAAUCAGUCUUUGUGGCAUAUGAAAAUACAAGUUUUUGUCAAAGGGACACUCCCAGCCUAGGCUACUUAACAUGCAUCUUCACUUUAAUUAAUUAAAUUGUGAUUAUGCACAUGAUAAAAAUGAGCCUACAUUUAAUUCUCAGAUUCCUYCCAAUCUCCUGAGAUGAAGGUGAAUGUCUUCGUUUUCGCCGUGGCUCUACUUGGUGCCUUCCAACCUCGCUAUGAAUGUAGAGCUAUUGAAACCCCCCGGGCGGUCCAUCCAUCCCACAAUCUACAGGCGGAGCUGCAACAGCAACUCCCUAUUCUUCUGCGACUAGGAGAGGAGUACUUCAUUCGGCUAGACAACUCCAAUCAAAAUUCGCUCCAGUCCUCCUCGCCGAACACAGCUCCUGGAGCUGCUGCGCCCUCAACAACGGUCAACAGGGCUUUACAACUUCAGCUCACGCAGCGCCUUCUACAAGGUAAAGUCGGUGACAUCAAUCGGUUUCUGAACAGCUACGCUAACCAGAUGGGUGAUUCCAUGGAAAUAGGAAAGAGGUCCGGGCCGGGCGAAGAGCCACCGAUCUCUUUGGACCUGACGUUCCACCUGCUGAGGGAAGUUCUAGAAAUGGCUCGAGCCGAGCAAUUAGCACAGCAGGCAAAUAGUAACCGAAAAAUGAUGGACAUAUUCGGGAAAUGAAAGUGUUA